AAGCGGGUACUUUACUUUUCCCCCGGUGCGUAACGAAACUCAAAAAUCGCGAGUACGCCAAUCAGAUUGCAGCAAUCAAAGAGUGUUAAACGCUGAUUGGUUGCCAUUAGAAUCUCGGGAGAGUGAAGACAAGGAGUUGAUAACACAGCUCAAAUUUUUACGCAUUAAAGUAUUCAUUUAAAGCUCUGUAAGUUCAUGAUAUCAUUUAAUUAGUAACUUUCUUGAAAAGGUAACAUAAGAUGGUUAAAACAAGGAAAUAAAAACACCGACCAGCUUGGAAUUUUCUUCUCUUUGUCGCACACGCCACUGAGAACAGGGGCGGAGUUGUUGAAAGCAGCUGUGUCAGCUUGUAAACACGCGACUCGACUUGAGAGGACAAUGCAAGCAGCGAGAUCAGCGUGACCUUUUUUGUUUGUUUACGAUCACCAACUCAAGAAGAGUCUGGACAUUGAAAUUCAACGAACAUCAAUUUUUGCGAGAAUUAUUUUGGAUAGCGAGUCUCUAACUCUAAAGGAGUCGACAGAUGAAGCUGCGAGGCAAAGAAGCAAAAAUUCCCACUCAAAAGCCGCUUUGCAGACUAUGCGAGUGUCCGACGUCGGACGGCCACGUCCUCGCGUCGCAGGUGGACAGGUUCAAGCUGAGGAAAUGGGCCAUGAAGGUGAUGAACCUGACGGAAGAAGACGAAAACCUGCCGGAGGUGGUCGGAGAAGAAGAUUUGAUCUGCUAUUUUUGCAUCUGGCAGGCAGAAUUUGGGGACGAGUCUGGAGACGAGGCUGUGGCUUGGUGGCCGAAAAACCUUGAUUUGGAAGAAAGCGCUAAGGUGCUUCGCGAGAAUUAUUCAGUUGGAGAAGUAGAACAGUGUUGGGUCCAGUUGGAUGAGAUUGAUCUGCCCGAAUAUGAAAAGGAAAUCCCUAAAAAGAAGAAAUGCGUCAGCGGAGUGUGUCUUUACUGUGGAAAGAGCUACAACCAUCUGAUGAACCACGUCAAUUAUAUGCACAAAAAAGCCAUCAAAUGCGAAAUUAAGGGCUGCACGACUUACUUUCACACCCAGAAGGAAAAAGAGCUGCACAUGCAAGAGGAUCUUCACAAGAAACGUAAUAAACCACGGGAAAGCAAGAGAAUUCGUUGCAAAUAUUGUGAAAGCGUUCAUUUUUUUUCCUCGGGGCAAUCGUGGAGACAGCACAUGAAAUACGUCCAUUCAAAACUUUCAGUGCGAUGCUCGCGUGUAGGCUGCAAGGAGUACUUCAAAUCCAAGUCUGAAUUGAUUCUCCACUUCAACUCGCACAAACAAGCCGUAAAUCAAGAUCUUUUUGAGUGCAAGCAUUGCGAGUAUUUCACAACGGUUGAAUUUAAUUUGAGAAAGCACGAACAGUCGAAGCACAUGCCAAAGAUCUUCAAAUGCGACGGUUGCGACGCCAAAUUCGGCUCGGAAAUGUUAGUGAAUAAGCACUUCAAACGAUGUCACACGUUCGAAAAGUGCAAAUCUUGUGGCCAGGAAGUGGCUCUCAUGAGUAUUGCACGCCACAUAAAGCCAUCGGUUUGCCAGAAAUGCAAACUCAGUUUGGAGUGCUCGGGUGUGUAUCAAUUGCAUAGGAAGAAAUGCAAACAAACCCUCCUUAGUUGCAAAGAGUGUGGGAAAUCUUUCAGCUGGAGCUAUGAUUUAAAUAUCCACUUGAAUAAAGUUCACACCAAAACAGUGAUUUUUUGCUGCGAACACUGCGACUUUUCCACAUAUUUCGGAAAGGGCCAAAUGUCGGUGCACAUGCAACGCAAACAUUUACCAAAGACGAUCAAGUGUGGAGAAUGCAACAAAUUGUUUGCUUCUGAACGUAUUCUCAAGCAUCACAAAUACAGUUCGCACGAAUACGUUCGCUGUGCUGAGUGUGCUCAGGAGGUCGGCCGUCGAAAGAUGUAUUAUCACCAGACCGUCAAGACUUGCCGCCGCUGCGAGUGCAAGUUCAAGUGCCGUGGACUUCUUAAAAAGCAUAUGAAAAGCUGCGACAAUAAGAAUUACUUUUGUGACUAGUGCCCGAAUAUUUAUAGGAAAAAGUUUUGUCAUAUUGUCAGGAAUCACAUUGAAAAAAAUUCUACAAAAAUAAAAAUAAUAGCGGCAUU